UCAUCUCACUGCUCGCGACGGCGCCCGCGCCUGCACGCUCGCCGCGUCGACGCCGGCUGUCUGUCUACGCUUUAGCGCCGCCUCCUCUCCUCCUCCAGCCGGCAUGGCGCCGUCACUGUUGAAACAGGCGACAGUGCCUCUGCCAUCUCGUAGGCUUUGCUGCCCCAAGCGGCAGUGACCUCUUAGGAGCCAUUGUCGGCGCUGCCUCCUUGCUGCCUGUAUCAAAGCUCCGAGGAGUCGCCGUUGAUGCCGCAAGCUGGCGACGCCGCAGAUGCUAUCAGCCAUAGCUCAUGCUGCAAAGCUUGCGGCGAUGCGCCACCGGAGCUUCAAAGGUGCCUCGCCGUAGCAGUAAAUGUGUGUUGACAGUACUGCAAAGGUGAGUCGGCGGAGAUGCAACGGUGCGCCGCCGUGCGCCACCGGGGCUGCAAGCAGCGAACGCCGGAGCUGCAAAGGUGUGUCGUGCACCUGCAAGUAGCGAACGCCGGAGCUGCAAAGGUGCGUCGCCGGAGCUGCAGGCGGUGACGCCGGAGUUACAAAGGUGCAUCGCCGGAGAUAUAAGCGGCGCGCCGGAGCUGCAAACGGUGAACGUCGGAGCUACAAAGGUGCGUCACUCUAGCUGCAUGCGGCGAACACCGGAGCUGCAAACAUGCGCCGCCAGAGCUGCAAAGGUGCCUCACCCGAGCUGCAUGCGGCGACCGCCGGAGCUGCAAAGGUGCGUCGCCGGAGCUGCAAGCAGCGACCGCCGGAGCUGCAAAGGUGCGUCGCCGGAGAUGCAAGCGGCGGAUGCCGGAGCUGCAAAGGUGAGUCACUCGAGCUGCAUGCGGUGAACGUCGGAGCUGCAAACAUGCGCCGUCAGAGCUGCAAGCAAUGAACGUCGGAGCUGCAAAGGUGCCUCACCCGAACUGCAUGGGCGAACGCCGGACCUACAAAGCGACGAACAUCACCAUUGUUGGCGCCACCUCCUUGCUGCAAACCCACCGCCCGGCACCGCGCGCGGCGCUCCGAAGAUCAUGCGCGGAAGCACACAUGGGCUUCCUGCGCUCGAGGAGACGACGGCCGGACUGUCCUUUUUACUCUGCAAUCUGGUGCGGUGCUGGGGUCCACCUACGUGGGAAGAAAGCGACUUGUGCCUCUGUUCUAAUCCAACGGACGCGAGCGCUCCCUUUAGAGUGAUCAGACGGCUACGGAGGCGGAGGUUCGGGGCUUUCAAACCUCCGAAGGAUUAUCAGCGCUCUCCCUUAAAAAUGAUAACAUAGGGCAAAUAACACAGAUGCGCGCAGUGGCACCGUAAUCUUACUAAAACAAAAGGCGUAAACCGAGAAUGCGCUAAAGCUCCUAAUAGACGGUUCGGAGAGGAGAACGUCGAGGAAGAUCACACCGAUCGAGUAUCCAUCAUGGAUGAAUGCUUCCGACAAGCGGAAACAUGAGAGUUAUAUGAGGCGAUUGGUGGCGAAGUGGAACGCCCAGAACCCCAAUGCGACGCCGCUUGUGCUGGAAGAGCUCACGCAGGAGCAGCGGGCGUCGCUGAAACAAGAGCAUUUGGCCAGGGAGAAUGAGAUUGGCGAGGCGUACGCAGCCAGGAUGAAGGAGGAAGACGCGAGAGUGGAGGAGGAAAGGGAUCCGAACCAAGACAACGACGACCGGCUUUACCAACACUACCGAGAGCAUUGGGAGUGGAAAACAAACAAAGAGUUCGGCUCCUUCGAGGACAGGACUCGGAUCCCUGCUAUGUGCUUCACGGAUGAUCCGAUGCCUCGUAUCAGCAGGACCAUGCGUUCUAUGCAGAUCUUUUCAGUCAAAGUCGAGAAAGUAGGCGGGGAUUUACACUGGCCGCUGGAUGUGUUUGGUAUCGUUGCUGUGAGGGACGACCUGGAUUACAAUCGAAAUAUCAUCUUUGAGCGCAACAGGGACAACUGUCAAACCCUCAAUGAGCAGGAUCCAUAUUUAGUACUAACAGGUCCUGUCCGUGCUCCUGUGAGUAUGUUUGGGCCUAUGCGUUUGGACGUCAUCCUGAAGGUGAGGCGCACUAACGUAUCCGAGGACAAAGUUCUAAGCCUGAUAGGCGAACGCUAUGAAUGCUGUGAAUCAAUCAAUUAUCAGGCGAGUAAUGGAGAGAGUGCCCUCAGAUCGUGUGUGAGCAGUGAGAAAUAUAAAAGCAAGCUCAGUACACUGGAGCUGACAUGUGGCAUCGUGGUUAAAUCCAUUGAGGCCACAAUCAGUGUCCGUAUUGUUGAAGGGUCAUGGCCAGAUGGAUUCAGCGGGCAAUUCACUGCCUUUACUGCUAGUGUCAGUCACAUGAGGGUGUCGCUAUUAAAAUUUGGAGAUGGAAGUGUGCCUGUUUCUGCCGCCGCUGAUGGUACCUUGGAGCUCUCACGGCGUGUGGUUUCUGUUGAAAUAUUUGGGGAGCUGCGAAUCUGUGCAUCAGCGCGGAAUGGCAGCAACAAGGUUGAGCCUGAGGUGUCCUUUCAACCUUUGAAAUCUGGUAGAAGCUCUCGUCCUCUUACAGUUGGCUCGUGUGAAAUGGAAGUUACCGUUUGCUGGUCUCUUUUCCCGUUUCGUUAUACCACUGGCUGCACUUCUUCAAGCAAUGGUGUGGCAAGCAAGGCUGGGUGAGGUGAUAGUAGGUGGUAUCUAAUGACAAUAACUUCAAUCUAGCCUCUUAACAACCUGUGAUGCAAGCUUUCCAUUCAGCAUUGUUUGUCCUACUUAGAGGGGCCUGAAGAAAUUGUCUCUCAGCUCUCGUCCUUUGUUUCCGUUAACACCAAAAAAUCCCCCUCUAGCAGUCAUCGACUUUUUUUUUUGAGAUCCCAAUCAUCAACUUGAGGGGCAUCAAAUCCACCCAGGGAGGAUGUACCUUUUGGGGUAGAUAAGAACAAGCGAAUGAUUUCUGACAAUGGCUUUGCCUUGACCUUGUGUUGCAAAACGAUCAGAAAAGUUCGUUGGUUUAAGAAAAGGUUUGUUGGUUUACACCAGUGACGCCGAAGCAUCGGCAUUGGGCCGGAUCCCUUUGUACUGCCUACAUUCCCCAGCUAGAUGCAAUUAACAGUUAAUAUGUCUCUCUGAUUGUUAAUCUACAUGACUGGUGAAUCAGAAUAUUCUCCAGAAAUGGUGGGGAGAUGCUCUGAGAAGUAAGAAAUUCCAUGGACAUAUACUAGAAAUUUCCAGUUCAACCCUGCUAUAGUACUACAAGACAUUUGACAUCUGCAAGAAUUUUGCAUGUGCAUGUAUGUUUGUCUGCAAAUAACUACGCGUGUAUGUGCCUGCAACUAUUUCACGAUUUGGUGGUCAUGAUCAUAUCAUGAGACAAAACUUUGUGCCAAAAAAUUGAUCAUUUUGUGGCACCCUGUUUAUGGAGUUCCUGCAAAUGAAGAUGGGGGACACUUCCUUUUUCUGUUGUCAAGUUUGCUCCAAAUAGCCUCUGCGAUGUUUUUUUUGUGUUUUCUUUUGUCGGAAGGACAAAACGAGAACUACUAUGUCAUCACUUUGGAGAAACAUUGGACGGCGGAGAGCCAUCUUAGUACCGUGUUAUACAGUUGUGAUGUGUGAAGAAGUCAUCAGAUAAGCCUUUCUGAACUUUGCAAGUAUGAGUUGCUCUUGGAAAAGAACACCAGGUUCCUGGAAAGUUUAACCAUUGUAAAUGUUAUCCUUGCUAGAACUAAAAAAUAGUCUGCUUUGU